GUGCUUUAUCCUCAAGUGGGCAUGGAUACUGCUUGGCAGUUGGGUCACAGAACAUCUCUGAGCUAGGAAAGCAAGGGGAGAUAGAUACCCAGAACUUGUGACUGGCAGAGCAACCACAGGUAGAUGAGAUCAGAGGUCAGAGACAUGGGGCGAGAAGCCAUGGGAUCUGUGGGAGCACAUAGAAAGUUGGUCAAAAGCCAUGGAAGUCUGAGCAUGGAGGAAAGACCUAUACCGAGUGCUGGUACAUUCCCAGAGCAGAGACCGUGAGUCCGUGGAUAUAGGGUGACAUAAUGGGGAUGAAAUCUGUUGGUGGGUCUGGGAAGCUGCCUGCUCCAGGUCAUUUUAGGAGUGGGAAAUGACCCUCGCUAUACCUACAGUUUCCUCUGGUACUGUGUUCAGUAAAUAGAGGGACUGCAAAUCUUGAGGAUUGUUCUAACAACCCAGAGCCCUCCAUCUAGAUCACUUGUACAAGCCUCCUGAAGGAAACGGCAAGUAAGGCCCAUGUCAAGGUACUAGAGCCUUUGGCUGGAUUUUGGAGCCUGUAUAUGGGGAACUUGGCAGAGUAUAUCCUACAAACAAACCCUAUAGGACUCUUCCCCCUUGGGUAUAGGUACACAAACAUGCCAGGUACUUCUGGGCUUCAAGGAGGCAACGGUUUGAGGAUAGGCCUGGUUAGACUUACGUUGAUAGUCUGGACCUAGGUGACCCGGCUGCCUCUGGUUGUAAGGUAGGAGAGAGAAUCAGGCGGUGCUGUCUUGGACUGGUCCUGAGCUUGUGGCUUGGGUAGGUAGCCAUUCCUGGGCAGUGUUAUCCAGAGACUCCACAUUCUUCUUGGGGGCAGGUGGUGGUUUGCCUCUGCCUUCCAUCAUCCUGGCCUUGGCCAAGAGAUGUCUAGUGGGGAAAUGUGGAGCCUCCUGUAUGAGUAGUGGCCUACAGAGGGUCUUGUCCACUCGUAGCACCAAAGGUCCAGGGGUUUGCUGAUACUGAUGCAUGGUCUCCCAUCAAGUGUCCUUAGUGGAGUUGGUGCUUAGCUGAAACUGGUCUUGGCCUCUGGCUAGCUGUGGGGAGUAUGGGCUCUGGCGCCAAAGGGGCAACUGUCUCUCAAGUCAGGCUUUGCUCCAGACUUCUUGCCCAAACAGCUGGGCCAGAGGGCACUUUGGGUCAGCCCUGCUGAUAAUAUUCUGAGUGUCCACUAGCCGUUUCCCAGUCAACACACUUGAUGGCUUGUGUUGUCACAUCUUCUGGUCCCCUGUUAUCAAGCCGUGGUCCAGGAAAAAGAUGAGCAGACUCCAGGGCACUCUGCUCUGGCUUGGUUUGCAUGGGUUAUGGCAUAGAUCCCAGAGCAUGGGCGUGGGGUGUACACAUGCCAUUGCUAGGUACAGGGGAAGCAGGGCCAUUGUUCUGGUUUAAGAGCUUCCAGGGCGUCACCAGGCAGUGUGAAGGAGAAGAUACAGGGUAGCCCAGCUGAGGACCACAGUGCAGGGAGUGCUGAGGUGUCAGUGCAUGUAUGACAGUGUUUGUUUCAGGGUGCCUAUAAGCUGUAGCCACACAUGCACAUACCCAGAGAUUACCAGAAUGAGCUCCUUCAUCUGACCUCAGUGAAGGUCUCCAGACACUGAGCCUUCAUCUGAGGUUGUGGGAUUUGUUUGGGUCCUUAGGAACAGGGCAAGGACCCAGGGUUAGAGCUUUUGGCAUAACAUUGAUAAGGAAGGCUGUGCCCCACUUGCCUGGAUUAUGUAUUGGUCAUUGGCCAGGUUUGCUCAAGGCUGUGUGUAACUCAGGUUGUCACCUCGUCACCUGGCAAGGGUGGUAUUAUGUGAGGGGCUACGAUGAAUAAUUGGCAGCCAUAACUAACCUGCAGGUGAGGUGAUUCAGCUCAGAGAAGAAUACCUAUGGAGGAGGUGCCUAGCAAUUGCUGUUCCCACAGACAUGAAUAACCUCUGACCAAGUAGAAUAUAAGUCAUUCAGUUCAAGGAACAUAUCCCAGGGUGAGUCCCUUAUCCAUCCCCAGGGCAACUCAGUAGGGAGCCCCACAGGGUCCUGUGAGACAGGAAAGGCUGAUGGUUCUGCAGCUUUGGGAUCCUGCUGGGCUCUGGGGCUAAGCUAGAGGUCAGGCUGGGUGGAUGUAAGAGUUAGGAGGCAGAACUUGGGUCAGGCUAAGAUAUAUGGUGGGUUGGAGCCAAUGUGUAGUUGAAAACAAAGUUGAGGCUGCACUAGUCCCAUGGGAGGCCUUCACAAGCCAUGCCUUCAGGUGGGAGCAGGGGCUCUUUUCUCCUAGGCCUAGUCUGCUGGGCCAGCUUGCCAAGAGCUUUGCUGAGGGCAGAGCUUGCCUAGCCCAUUAAUUCUGGAGUGGCUCAGGAAGGCAGACAGUGCAAGGGCAUCCCAGGUGGUAAGCAGUGUAGGCACGGGCCUGCUCCAGGUAAACACCUGCCUGGUUCUAGGGCAAACAGGAAGGAAGGGAAUAGAAAUCAUGAACCCUAGUGGUGGGUAGAAUCUAUGUGGAUCUUCCCCCAAAUAGGCUAGCAGAGACUCCCAAGUGCUAUCAACUCAGCACCCAGGGCCACACAUGCUGGCCUUUGUUCUCAAGAAGCCUGUGGAACAGGCUUUUGGCUGUUCCCUACUGCCCCUAGUGGGAUUCCCAUCGUGGCACGAAAUGGGGUCCUUUGUGCUGGGACCACCAUCUCAUUGUUGGAAACACGCCCUAGGCAGUAGCAGAUAGAAGGGAGGACUUAAGGGCGGGACGAGUGAUGUCAGGGAAGGGGGACGUUCAUAAGCCCCAGCCUUGCAGUGGGCACGGCUGGAUCGGGAGGGCCGAGAGGCAUUGGGGAGAGGGGAGCACUAUCUCGGAGCAGGCUGCUCGCCAUGAGCCCCCGAGGCUCCCGCCUCCACUUCUGCCUCUGGAUGUUGGGUGCCACUUUGGCACUGGGGCAGGGACAAGUAAGUGGCCGUCUGCGGUUGGCAGUACUGCCUGAGGACCAGCUGCAGAUGAAGUGGAGGGAAGCAGAGGGAAUCGGUCUUGGCUACUUGGUGCAGGUGACACCUAUGGCAGGGGACUUGGAGCAGGAGCUGAUAUUAACCACCAAGACACCCAAGGCCACCGUGGGUGGCCUGAACCCUUCCAAGGGCUACACCUUGCAGAUCUUUGAGCUCACUGACUCUGAGCCUGUCCUGCUGGCACGAAGGGAGUUUGUGAUUGAGGAUCUGAAGAGCCACUCUCUGAGCAGAGGCAGCCGCAGGCUGGUGGGGCCCACCCUGGAUCCAACCUCCUUCCCUCCUGGGGCCUCAGACCCUGAGAAGACACCUGAUCCCAGUACCGCCUUUACCUCAAGCAGAGACCGGCCUGUUCUUGGAGUGGCCAGUAAGGAUCAGAGGAAACCCAAGCAGAGCCUUGGAGUACAGGACCCCGCUCAGCCAACCACAGACCUGGAGAGGCAGAGCCACACAGCAGACUCUGUGGGAACGCAAGAGAAGCUAGGUGACCCCCAGUUCCACUGCACACCCCCAACUCCUACUGAUAUAAUCUUCCUGGUGGACGGAUCCUGGAGCAUCGGCCACAGACACUUCCAGCAGGUCAAAGACUUCCUGGCCAGCAUCAUCACACCGUUUGAAAUAGGACCAGAUAAAGUCCAAGUAGGUCUGACUCAGUACAGUGGAGACCCCCAGACCGAGUGGGACCUGAACUCCUUCAACACCAAGGAGCAGGUGCUGGCAGCAAUACACAGCCUCCGCUACAGGGGAGGAAACACAUUCACAGGCCUCGCCCUAACCCAUGUACUGGGGCAGAACCUGAAGCCAGCAGCAGGUGCCCGUCCAGAGGCAGCCAAGGUGUUGAUUCUAGUGACAGAUGGCAAGUCCCAGGAUGAUGUGCGCACAGCUGCCCGACUUCUUAAGGACCAGGACGUUGAUGUCUUUGUUGUGGGUGUGAAGAAUGCGGAUGAGGCUGAACUGAAGCUCCUGGCAUCCCAGCCACUGGACAUCACUGUCCACAAUGUGCUGGACUUCCCUCAGCUGGCCACCUUAGCUGCUCUGCUCAGCCGCCUCGUUUGCCAAAAGAUCCAGGGCAGGGGCCCAGUCAAACCAGCAGCCACUACUCUGGCCCUGGACCCCCUCCCCAUGAUGCCCACCAGACUGAACCUGACCCACGCCACCUCAUCCAGUGUCCACCUGUCUUGGACUCCGGCCUUAUACCCACCCCUCAAAUACCUAAUUGUGUGGCAGCCUUCUAGGGGUGGUGCCCCCAAAGAGGUGGUGGUGGAGGGGCCUGUCUCAUCCAUGGAGCUUCGAAACCUGACCUCCAACACAGAAUACUUGGUCUCUGUGCUUCCUGUCUAUGAGAGUGGGUUUGGCAAGAGCCUACAAGGCCGGGCAAUCACAGCACCCCUGCCUCCACCUGGAGCACUGACCCUGGCUUCAGUGACACCUAGAACCCUUCGCUUCACCUGGCAGCCCUCUGCUGGGGCCACUCAGUACUUGGUGCGGUACUUGCUGAUUGCCUCCCCGGGAGAGGAGCAGAGGAGAGAGGUACUCGUGGGACAGCCUGAGGUACUGCUGGAUGGCCUGGAGCCAGGCCGGGACUAUGAGGUUUCAGUGCAGAGCCUUCGGGGACCAGAGGCCAGCGAGGUCCGGAUCGUCAAUGCCAGGACCGCUGCCCUGGGGCCCCCAAGACACCUGAGUUUCUCCGAUGUGAGCUACAACUCAGCCUGCGUGUCCUGGGAAGCCCAGAGGCCUGUGCGCCUGGUCAAGGUCAGCUAUGUCUCUAGUGACGGCAGCCACUCUGGGCAGGCUCAGGUUCCUGGGAAUGCUACCUCAGCCACCCUGGGCCCCCUUUCCUCCUCUACCAAGUACACUGUCCGAGUCACCAGUUUUUACUUUGGGGGUGGUUCCUCCAUGCUGACUGGCCAUGUGACCACAAAGAAAGCUCCCAGCCCUAGCCAGCUGUCUGUGAUGGAGCUCCCUGGAGAUGCAGUCAAGCUGUCAUGGGUGGCGGCUGCCUUGUCUGGUGUACUUGUUUAUCAGAUCAAGUGGAUGCCCUUGGGAGAGGGCAAGGCCCACGAGAUCUCUGUCCCAGGGACCCGUGACACAGCCGUCUUGCCAGGCCUGAUGGGUCAUGUGGAAUACGAGAUCACCAUCCUUGCCUACUACAGGGACGGCACUCGCAGCGACCCUGUGUCCCUCCGCUAUGUCCCCUCUUCAGCAAGCAGGAGCCCCCCGUCCAAUCUGGUCUUGUCCUCGGAGACCCCCAACAGCCUGCAGGUCAGCUGGACACCAUCAAGUGGCCACGUCCUACAUUACCGGGUCAACUAUUCACUGGCCUCAGGCUCUGGACCAGAGAAAUCCAUCUCUGUGCCAGGCACCAGAAGCCACGUCACACUUCCUGACCUGCUGUCUGCCACCAAGUACAGGGUCCUGGUCUCAGCUGUCUAUGGAGCCGGGGAGAGUGUAGCAGCGUCUGCCACGUGCCGCACAGCAGCCUGCCCAGCCCUGCACCCGGACAGUCCCCUCUCAGGGUUUGACCUGAUGGUGGCCUUUGGUCUCGUGGCAAAGGAGUAUGCCUCUAUUCGAGGUGUGGCUAUGGAGCCCUCAGCCUUGGGUGAGGCUCCCACCUUCACGCUCUUCAAGGAUGCUCAGCUGAUGCGGCGAGCCAGUGAUAUCUACCCGGCAACCCUGCCACCAGAGCACACCAUUGUCUUCCUUGUACGCCUGCUCCCCGAGACACCCCGAGAAGCCUUUGCGCUGUGGCAGAUGGUGGCCGAGGACUUCCAGCCCAUCGUUGGAGUUCUGCUGGAUGCUGGCAGGAAGUCUCUGACUUACUUCAACCAUGAUCCCAGGGCAGCCUUGCAGGAGGUCACCUUCGACCUGCAGGAUGCAAAGAAGAUUUUCUUCGGAAGCUUCCACAAGGUACAUGUGGCCGUGGGCCACUCCAAGGUCAGACUUUACGUGGAUUGUCGGAAGGUGGCUGAGCGGCCUAUUGGGGAUGCUGGCAGCCCACCCACAGCUGGGUUCAUCACACUAGGGAGGCUAGCCAAGGUCAGGGGGCCGAGGAGCAGCUCAGCCACGUUCCAGCUCCAAAUGUUGCAAAUCGUGUGCAGUGACACCUGGGCAGACAAGGACAGGUGCUGCGAACUUCCUGCAUUGCGGGAUGGAGAGACGUGCCCAGCCUCCCCUUCCCCCUGUGCCUGCUCAUCUGAGACCCCUGGGCCACCGGGGCCCCAAGGCCCUCCGGGCCUCCCUGGAAGGAAUGGCACUCCAGGACAGCAGGGACACCCGGGGCCCAAGGGAGAACCAGGACCACCUGGACAGACAGGACCUGAAGGGCCUGGAGGUCAGCAGGGGUCACCAGGGACGCAGGGACGCACCGUCCAGGGACCCAUGGGUCCCCCAGGGGUCAAAGGAGAGAAGGGAGACCAUGGACUUCCUGGCUUGCAGGGCCUCUCUGGCCAGCAAGGCAUCCCCGGGAAAACUGGCCUGCAGGGACCAAAGGGAAUGAGGGGACUGGAGGGACCUGCUGGACUGCCUGGACCACCUGGCCCCAGGGGUUUCCAGGGUUUGGCAGGGGCCAGAGGCAGCAAUGGGGAGCGAGGACCCCCAGGGGCUGUGGGGCCCACGGGUCUCCCAGGGUCCAAAGGUGAACGAGGAGAGAAGGGAGAGCCACAGUCCCUUGCCGCCAUCUUCCAGCUGGUGAGCCAGGCCUGCGAGUCAGCCAUACAGACACAUGUGAUGAAGCUAAAUUCCUUCCUCCAUGAGAAUGCCCGGCCCCCAAUGCCCUUCAUGGUGGAGACGGCAAAGCCAAGCAGACCUGGGUCUAUAGAGCCUCCUGGGUCACAUAAUGAGGCUCUACUUCCUGGAGACGGGGGACACGUCCACCAUCCUGAGGACCAAGGUGAGCCCGAAGCUAUCAGCCACAUAAGCAGCCCUGGACUACAGGAGCGCCAGGCCCCAGAGCCCCUGAACUGAACAGGACCUCCCUUCUGCCACUUCAAAUCACCCUGUACCGCCCCAGCACCAUCAUCCAUAUUUUUUUUUGUCUCAACACUAAGAACAAUGGUGUCCUGGAGGGGCGGAGAGGGAAACCAAAGGAAGACCCCCAAAGCAGCAGGAAGCUGGAAGGGCAAAGGACGGCGUCUCUCAAGCCCCUUCCUUGUGCACUUUCAGAUAAACCUCUGCCUGCCCAUCCCGAGUUCAAAUAAACCUCUGCUUGCUCGUCA